GUGCUGCUGCGCUACAACAAUGGCCGACUUUGUAUUUUUAUUAUUAUUAAUUUCAAUAUUCCCUUUACAAGACGCUAAAGCGAUUGCAGAAAUAAGUGGCCGCCUAUUGGACGAAAACCAAGAAAAUUUGGAUUUGGAAAUGUCGUAUACCAAUGAGAAGGAGCAUUCAUCGGUCCCGCGGAAUUCCAUACAAUCACAUCCCAGGAGGCACACAAAAUCUAAACGUCGAAUGAAAAGAAGGUUCAAGUGCUACGCGUGCGAUGCGCCCUGCAAAAAUGCUACACAAAAUGCACAUACGUGUCAGAAUGCCAUUCAGUGUUGGAAAUCACGCACCCGUAGCGCCUAUGGUGAGGAGAAAGUAUCUCGAGGAUGCACCACAUCACCAGAUCAGCUGCCUUUAAUAUGUAAUCAAAAUACGUUAGGACCUCGCAAACGUGCUGUAAUGCAUGUCAACAUAGUUUGUUGUUCUGGAGACUAUUGUAAUGACGGAGAUUUCCCGGAGCUACCCCCGAUUGUAAACGAUGAAGUUACACGAUUAAGUGCCGAUUUAAGUAAUACCUUUAAAAUGACUCUAGCGAUAUUGGGACCUGUCUUUGUAAUAGGUUUAAUAGCUACAUUGAUUUAUUACUUCAUGAUACGUCAUCAUCGUAAAAGCCUAAUGGCUUCACGCAUAAAAAAUGAUCCUGAUGUGUAUUUAGUGAACGAUGAACUACUGAGAGCAACAAGCGCUGGUGAUAGUACAUUACGAGAAUAUCUCCAACAUCCAAUGACUUCAGGUUCUGGGAGUGGUUUACCCUUAUUAGUUCAACGUACUCUCGCCAAACAAGUUACUUUAGUAGAGUGCAUUGGACGUGGAAAGUAUGGUGAAGUUUGGCGAGGACAGUGGCAUGGUGAAAACAUUGCUGUAAAAAUUUUUCUAACACGUGAUGAAAAGUCUUGGAAGCGAGAAACAGAAAUAUACAGCACAAUUCUGCUCCGUCAUGAAAAUAUUUUGGGAUAUAUUGGUUCCGAUAUGACAUCCCGUAACUUCUGCACUCAAUUGUGGUUACUCACCCAUUAUUAUCCGAAUGGUUCUCUUUUUGAUCACUUGAACAGGAACGCCCUAAGCCACAACGAUAUGAUAUUAAUCUGUUUAUCUGUUGCUAAUGGGCUCGUACAUUUGCAUACAGAAAUUUUAGGCACAGAGGGUAAGCCUGCGAUGGCACAUCGUGAUUUAAAGUCGAAAAACAUACUUGUGAAAUCGGACGGUACAUGCGUAAUAGCAGACUUUGGCUUGGCUGUAACACACUCUCAUGUCACUGGUAAAUUGGAUCUGGGAAAUAACCCUAAAGUCGGCACCAAGCGUUAUAUGUCACCUGAAGUUUUAGACGAAAGUAUUAAUAUGCAAUGCUUCGAGGCGUUGCGCCGUACUGAUAUCUAUGCACUCGGUCUAGUACUUUGGGAGGUAUGUCGUCGUACUAUUUCAGGAGGCAUUGCAGAGGAGUACAAAGUGCCUUUUUACGAUGUUGUGCCAUCGGACCCAAGUUUCGAAGAUAUGCGCAAAGUUGUAUGUGUGGACAAUUAUCGACCUGCAUUUCCCAAUCGCUGGGCUUCUGAUCCGUUACUCGCUGGUAUGUCUAAGUUAAUGAAGGAAUGCUGGCAUCAAAAUCCAAACGUGCGAUUACCUGCUUUGAGAAUAAGGAAAACUAUACAAAAACUAGCGUCUGCAGAUGAAAAAAUACGUCUUAAUUAUGAUGAAGUGUGUGUUUAGUUUCUAAACAAACAUGCAUAUUAAGUAAUUCUAUAAGUUAGAGUAGUAGAUUUUAGUGUUAAGUCCAAAAAUUUGAGGGUAAAACGGUAGUUAGUACUAAGAAGUGUAAUUUAAGAUUUGAAACUUAUUUAAGUAUUACUACUAGGCUUAAAUAUGAUACAAAUAUUUAAAUAUGUUAUGUAGCAUGAAAGAAUGUGAAGGUGUGCUUGUUACGCGUGAAACGGUGAAUGGUGAGGUAUAUUUUUUGCGAUAGAUAAAUUAGUAAUUAGUUAUUAACUAGUAAUUUAGUUACCGAACCCAUACUGUAUUGAUAAUAUAACCAACCAAUAAAAUUAACCUAAGCAUCUUUGUUUUAUGAUGCGUGGAAUGUAUACAAUUGCAUGCAACAAAGUAUACCAAUUGAAUGAAAGACACGCUUAAGACUAAUUAAAUUUACGUAUAUUUUGUUUUUAAUCUUUGUGUGCCUUGAACCGUAUUGAAGAUGCCUUGUUUGCAAACAAAAACAGAAAAUGCCUUAAGCUUUAAAACCUAUUUAUUUAGAUUCUAUAGUAUCUCUUAUUAUUUAUUCGCUUCCCUCUGGUGCCAUCUUACGUAUUACUCGCAAAAUUAUGCCACAGUAUUCAAAUUUAAUUUGGAGUCCGCAAAGCAUUGGAAAAAUAUAAAGAGGUGUGAUGAAUGAAUUAAGUUUAUAAAUGUAGCGAAGAAGCAUGUCGUGGCUGUAGGUAAACAUAAAUAUUGUUACUAAAUUGUAUUUCGAAUGCUGGCUACUGGAACCACAGAGUCAAAAACAACAAAUUUAUAACUUUUCACGAACCUAUUGAUUAGAAUUGUACACUGUUUAUUGGUGCAUUUCAGUAAUGAGGUACAUACUUUUGCAUGUCAAGAAAGUUAGGCUACAUACAUACAUAUAUAGAUCAACUACUCUGAAAAUUGCUUAUUUGGGAAAAAUACAUUAUUUCUCGUUAUAAGACGUAUAAACGUAAAACGUCUUCGCCACAUUUUGUUAACCGUGAAUAGGUAGUGUAGUAUCGCCUUUAAAUAAAAUUUAAUGAAUGAGUGACCUUUGUUUCCAAGGCUAUGUUGCAUACACAUCUAAAAACUAUACAUUUCUGAAUUAUUGACUUGGAAGUUUUUGCUUUCAAUAGACAUAAGUAUGUAUAUAGUCUUAAGCUAAAUUUAUUGUACAAAAUAGAGUUCAUGGCCUACAAUAAGAAUAAAAAUAAAUAUUUUAAUUGGAAGUCUCGACAUAAA